GUUAGGAGGUACAGAGUUCUCGCAAGCAGCGUUAUAUAUAUAUAUAUGCCUGCACGCACAAGCCCCUUCAUUCUCUCUCCUGAACCUCCUCCUGCUCCCGCUCGUGUUCAGCGACAUGAAGACUUCCUCGGUGUUUUUGCUUAUCGCUCUGGGCGCCACUCUGACCCAAGGGUAUCUUUUCAAGAGUGACGGCUGCCCAGAACCCUACGAUCGCCUGGAUGAGACGCGCUGCAUCUUGACGGACCCUUUUGUGGCAAGAAACUACACUGACGCCAUCGCCUACUGCAAGACCCACGGCGGCGUGCUGCUGCACUUUGAUAACUGUGCCGAUCAAACUUUGUUCUAUGACUACAUUCAGACGGAGGUGGGUCUGGCGUCACAUCACUACUGGCUGGCCGCUACUGACGAGGCUGAGGAAGGCGUGUGGCUCUGGGAUCACGACAAGAAGCCCGUCCCCAUGGGCAGCCCCUUCUGGUACGUCGGGGAGCCCAACGGCGGCACCAGCUAUAACUGCGUCGUCCUUAGCUACUCCUACACUCACCGCUGGGUUGAUACAUAUUGCCAUUACACAAAUUACGCCAUCUGUCUCAAGGCCAUCUAGGCCACGGACGGACGCUACUGCAGGACGAUCAUGAUUCGGAAGUUAUAUAUAUAUAUAUAUAUAUAUAUAUAUAUAUAUAUAUAUAUAUAUAUAUAUAUAUAUAUAUAUAUAUAUAUAUAUAUAUAUAUAUAUAUAUAUAUCUAUAUAUAUACCAGUAAUCGUUCUCUGUUCUACAAAUUUGAUGGAAAUAAAAAAAAUAGUAAGCAAGAAUUGUGUUAAGAAAUUAGAAAUGUCUUCAGGGUGAACAAAUUUACAUAAUUGGGAGGCAUCAAUAAACUAAAUACAGCUUUUUCACAGCAUGAAUAAUAAUUCAUGUCUCUAAAUAAACACAUUGAAAAAUU